GGGGCUGGCGGGGCGGCGGGCGGCGGGCGCAGCGCUCGGGGCCCGGCUCGGCCCGUCGCGGCUCGCCUCAGGGCCCGCAGCCGCCCCCCGGCCGUGCCCUGGGGAUGCUCCGUGCGGCCGCCGAGCCUCGGGCUCCUCCUCUCGGCCCUCCCUGAGCCUCCCGGCUCCUGUUUAGCCCGGUGCCGUCCCGUCCGCUCCCGCCGAGCCGCAGCCAGCGGGAUGGUGGUAGUCACAGGGCAGGGCAGAGCCAGCCGAGACCCGGAUGAGGCCAUGUCGAGCUCGGAGGCGGAGGAUGAGUUCCAGGAGCCGGCCACCCCCACCGCAACCCAGGCAGGAGAAGCGCUGCCGCUGCUGCCGCAGCAGUUUCCAGAAGUUGUCCCACUAAAUGUAGGAGGCAUGCAUUUUACAACACGGCUGUCAACGCUGAGACGUUAUGAGGAUACAAUGUUGGCGGCUAUGUUCAGCGGAAGACACUAUAUUCCAACUGAUGCCGAAGGCAGAUACUUCAUAGACAGAGAUGGAGCUUACUUUGGAGACAUACUUAACUUUCUGCGAUCUGGUGACCUGCCACCAAGAGAGCGAGUGAGGUCAGUUUACAAGGAAGCUCAGUAUUAUUCCAUAGGACCAUUGCUAGACUAUCUGGAGGAUGUCCAGCCUCUUAAAGGAGAAAAAGUUAGACAAGCUUUCCUGGGCCUAAUGCCAUAUUACAAAGAUCAUUUGGAACGGAUAAUUGAAAUAGCAAAGCUUAGAGCUAUGCAAAGAAAAGCAAGGUUUGCGAAACUGAAAGUCUGUGUCUUCAAAGAAGAGAUGCCCAUCACUCCCUACGAAUGCCCCCAUUUCAAUUCUUUACGUUUUGAAAGGAGUGAAAGUGAGACAAAGCUGUUUGAACAUCACUGCGAAGUAGAUGUAUCUUUUGGACCUUGGGAGGCUGUAGCUGAUGUUUAUGACCUUCUGCACUGUAUUGUGACAGACCUGUCUGACAGAGGGAUAACUGUGGAUCAUCAGUGUAUUGGUGUGUGUGAUAAACACCUGAUAAAUCACUAUUACUGCAAGCGUCCUAUCUAUGAGUUCAAGAUCACUUGGUGGUGAGUUAUUUUGCCCAGAGCAGUGCAGGGGAUGAAAGGACUUCUGGAUGACGAUUGCUUUUAAUAUUUUUGCAACGUGUCUCUGGAAAUGCAUUGCUGCUAACGUAUAUUGGAAUCAGUCUGCUGAAAUGUUGGCUAAUGCUUAGCUGUUCAGCAAAGAGGAACCCGCUACAGAGGUUGAAAAACCUCUGAAAUGUUUAAAAACCAGCCUGAAACAAGACUGUUGGCUCAGGUACCUUAAUGAGGCACAAAACAAAGUCACCUCACGGAAAUUAUGGAGAGGAGUGUCUAACAUUGGAAAAAAAAAAACGUGCCACCUACCGUGUGGCUUUAGUAUCUUAGUCUGCAAAGCGGAUAUAACAGAUCUCACCUGCAUUAUUAUAAAGCCUGGGGUGCUAAUAAUGCUGAUAUAACGUGGUUGAAUUUUACCCACUUAGAAAUGUUUUAGUCACUACUUAAACUUGCCACUUUAUAAAAUUGAGUAACAUCCAGCACAGAGAUUCUGGAAAUGUAAUUUUGAUGUAAUAGACAAUUAAAAAAAAGAGUAUUCCCUAUAUAUUAUUACUUGUGAAGAUUAAGCUAUAUUUCUUUUUUUUUUUUUUUCUUAAUUAUGAAUCUGCAUUGUGAAUUAUAAUACUAUAUUUCAAUUGUUUCCAUUGUUAUAAAAAAAAGAACAGCAGAUUUGGAAUAUAUUCCUUAAUGCUUUUAGGAAUAAUUACUGUUCAUGGAAGACUUGUGCCUGUUUUUAGCCUUAGAAAUUCUAAAUGUUUACAGUAUCUACAAAACGAAGCUCUAUAGAAUCAGGUCAUUUGCAAAGGCUUUUGGUAAAUGAGAAAACUCCAUAUGUAUGUUCCUAUUAGCAGAAGUAGGAGGAAUAUUUAAUGUGUAUUAUUUUAUUACUGACUCUUUUUACAUUCUGUGAUAUUAAACUUUGUUCUAGAGUUAGUCAAAUGACAAGUACUAACCUUUGCCUCAACUUUGGACAAUUAAGUCUCAUUUUCAACAUUCUUGUUGACCCUUCUUGGUGUAAUAUCAGGACUUUUUUUUUUUCAGCCUUCAUAUUCAAAUGUACUGGUUGAUAUGUGGAGAAAUAUCUGGGAAGUAAAUUCCUUUCCAUACUGGAGGAGGCACCCAUUACAGAAUCGUAUUCUUUUCAAAAGGUAGUUGUUGCAGUUCUGUCAAUUAAUAGCCAUCUGCUGAAGUUCAAUUACUUCAUGUUCAAAACUGAAAUACAGAUCUAAACAGCUGAAGGUGCAGAAAACUCAAGUAUUUUUUAAAAAAGAUCCCACUUGAUGUGACCUCAAAAUACUCUUGAGGAGAGAGAGAAAGUCAAUGUUUGCAUAUUACAUUCCGUUGGAUUAGUUAAUCCAAGAAAGUUAAUUAAACUUCUGACCAAAAUGCUUUUAAGAAAUGUGUUAAUUAUAAUGAUCAAAAUUCUCAGUUACCUGAGGAAGUUUUUAGAAUAAUUAUUAAAACUUUAUGAUAAAAUUGUCUUGUAAAAAUAUUUUGAAGAGGCUAAUUGUUUGCAUCAAUUAACCUUCGCACUUUUAUGUAUUUAAUUUAGGGAUUUUUAUUAAAUUGUCUCUCCGAGGUAGGGACACAUAGCUCUAAUGAUCUCAUUUCAAAUGUUUACUUAGGGUCAUUGUCAAGUACUGAGCUUCAGGUCCAGACCUUAAAUUUGGAAAGGGAUUGGGGUGGAGGCAGGAAGGGGAGGAAGGCAAAUGUCACGUCUGUGUAUUUGUAUCUUAUUUUAAGUUGGGUUAAACUGUUUUCUUACAUACUGGCCUUUCUGUUACAAGUCACUGUACUUGUAUUUGACAACCUAAAAUCACACGUCAAACAAACUAAUAAAAUCUCCCUAAACUGAGAGGAAGCUUGCAUGAUUUCUUCGCUACUCUGCUAGCUUUUUUAUUUUUAUUUUUUUCAGGGAGUCUUAAAUUACAAACCACAAUUUCCAGUAAAAUGACGUAAAAGCUUAAAGCUGAGGCUUACAGAGUUUUGGCUGUUUAUAUACCUCAGAGUUUCCAGCAUCAGUGUAUUCAGAAGCCCUGAUGAGAAUCCCAGUUUUACUGGGAUUUUACUGAUAUAUUUUGCCACUUCCCGUAUAUAUAUAUUAACAUGGGACAUUGUUCUGGUUUGAAUUUCAGCACUACUUGUAGAAAUGGAACACAGUCUGACUUAACAGUAAGAUCUUUUUGGGGGUGGAGGCCUAAGAAUUGUUCUGUUAUCUUAGAGAAGCUAUGAUGAUAAAAUUCCUGUUUAAAUCGUUUGCUAAUUUUUAAUAUGCACACACUGAUAUUUUAUUUUUUUCCCUGCUAAUUAUUGAAAGAAGUGUGGAAGUAAGGAAGACUACCUAACCAAAAAGAUAAAAAUCUUGGUCUGUAUCAGGUGCAUCUUAAUUGAAACUUUCAUCCUUCAUGUCCUCCCGAAGACAGAAAACAUUGUGCAAUAUUGACAGAAAGCAUGGAUUUGAGCCAACAUGCUUUCACUUAGCACAUACAUUCUGCGUGUUGUGAUUUGUACAAAUGAAUAUUGUUAGUGACUACACUUGUUCUAAGCAGUCUUUGUUUACAAUGGUUUAGAUUAUAUUGCCUAAUAUGUAUUCGUUUUUUGACAGAAACAGGAGAGUUGUGCAGGCAGAUGUCAGAGGAAUAUAAUCUAAUAACUGGUUUAUAUAACGUUAUUGACUUAUCUUUUCUUGGCAUAUAACGUAAUUUUGGAAAUUCUGCGUUUGCAACAAAAAUGUGAGUAGCUGAUCUGUGUUAAGAUGAUUGGUUUUGUAUAUCAUGAAUGCUGUAUAAUUGUCUAAUUAAACUAAAUGCCUAUGUAA